AUGACAUUGUCUAGUUGGUGGAAAAUUUUCAAUAAAGAGUUGGGAAAAUGGAGAGAUGCCUUGGCAAAAGCGAGGGACAACCAUAGAAGCAGGCAAAAUCUUAGUAGGGAGAUGAUUCAAGCACAGAUGUGGUUUGGUGCAAUUGGGAAAGGCAAAAAAACUUUCAACCAUCAUGAAUGUUGGGAGGUGGUGAAAAAUUGCAAACGCUUUAGAAUUAUUCCCACGAGUCCCCCCGUUAUGUUAAACGAGACGCCACUCCAUAAUUCAACGACAUCGGAUUCACCUCUCGAUUCCCCUAUGAGUCAAGAUUCACCCAUCAAAAAGGAGCCGAGGCCCAUUGGCCGAAAGGCUGUGAAGGCGAAGAAAUGGAGUAAUUCUAGCACUAAUACAUCAAAAAAUUUGGAGGAAAUUGCAAGGCAGACUGCCAUAAGAAUUGAAAUGUGGAGAAGAAACACCAAGAGAAUGAGAUGGCAAUUCGAGCAUAAUAUUUACAAGAAAGGGAGUAUUUGCGCAAACAACACAUUGAGAAGACGGAUCGGGAAACCAUGGCCAUGGAUACAAGGCAUAUGUCCCCUGAAACCAAACAAUUUUGGAAGCUAG